UGGGCUCUGCGUCACCGUGGGGCUGACGGGAGAGGGGACGUAUUGUGUAAAUAACGCCCCUCCGGCGGGUGGGGCCCGGGUCACACCAUGUGCCAGGGCCCGAGCGUCUCUCGAGGGGCCUGCUGCCCUGCUCAGACAGACCCCCCCCCCGCAUUCGGGGGCAGCCUGCUCAGAAGGGGCAAUAUAGGGCAGUGGGCCAAGGUGCUGGAGCCGGGAAGCGAUAGCCCCUCUCUCCUGCCCCCGCCGUACCUUGCUGGGGGGCGUUAGGCUUUCAUCGGACGCGGCUGGCAGUGGCCGCUGGGGGAAGCCGGGUGCCAGACUAGCCCAGCCGGAGCCACACGUUCCUCUAUGGCUGAAGCAGAAAAUCAGAAACAACUUCUCAGGCUGAUUCAAGAAGGCAGGCUAGACCUUUUCAAAGAGGAGUUGCAGAGAGACGAGGAAAUGAGCAAGGAAGUGAGGCGGAAACACUAUGGAAAAUCUGGGGACACUCUUCUGCACUAUGCAGCCAGGCAUGGUCACCUGAAUGUUUUGACCCAUUUAGUAGAAGCCUUGGAAAUGGACAUUGAGAUGUUUAAUAAUGACUACAAAAGGCCCCUCCAUGAAGCGGCUUCCAUGGGUCACAGGGACUGCGUGUUGUAUCUGCUGGAUAAAGGUGCAACGAUUGACUGCUUGAAAAAGGCAGACUGGACUCCUCUCAUGAUGGCUUGCACCAGGAAGAAUGUGGAGGUGAUUAAAGAUCUCAUUGAGCAUGGAGCAAACCCAUUGUUAAAGAACAAAGAUGGCUGGAAUUGCUUCCAUAUAGCAAGUCGAGAGGGUGAUCCCCAGAUCAUCCAGUACUUGCUCACUGUGUCUCCGAGCAGCUGGAACACAGAAAGUAAAAUCAAGAGAACUCCUCUGCACACGGCAGCAAUGCACGGCUGUUUUGACGUAGUGAAAGCACUUCUUGAGCGGUGCCCAUAUGAACCUGACAGCAGGGACAAAUGCGGAGUGACUCCCUUUAUGGAUGCGAUACAGAACGGGCACAUCGACAUAGCCCAGCUGCUUCUAGAAAAGCAUAAGGCCUGUUAUACAGCUGCAGAUGCACUAGGUGCUCAGCCGUUGCACCAGGCGGCAGUCACGGCCCAGGACGAAGCCAUCCGGUUCCUUGUCUCCGAUCUCGGUGCCAAUGUCAAUGAGAGAGCAACAUCAGUCCAACUCACGGCGCUACAUUACGCAGCCAAGGAAGGACAUACAAGUACCGUCCAAACGCUGUUGUCCCUUGGCGCUGAUCUACGUGCUAAAGAUGGGAAAAGUCGAUCUGCCCUGCACAUGGCCUGUGCGGGCCAGCACGCAGCCUGUGCGUGGCUUCUCCUGCAGGCUGGAUUGCAGGACUCCCUGGACGACACUGGAACAUUUGCACGGCAGCUUGCCAAGAAACCGGACGUCCUACAGCUUUUCAAGGGAAUAAAUGUUAGCACAUGAAACUGAUGGAGAGAAUAAAAGUUUGU